AUGAUUUUGCAUUUCCGGGGAGAGAACUGUAUGUAAACAAUACAGAUCUCUCCUCUAUCAGCUCCUAGACACUGCUUUGGAUGGCUCUGCAUAGCAGAGCCAUGCAAAGAAGGUGCUUACAGUGGAAAGCACUAGCACAGCACACACUAAAACAGCACACGGUUAACCCGUUGAUCGCCCCACAUGUUAACCCCUUCCUACCUGGUGCCAUAAGCACACUGUCAGUGCUUUUUUUUAGCACUGAUCACUGUAUUGGUGUCACUGGGGAUAUCAGUGACACCAAGUCAGUUCCCCCCAAUGUCAGAAUGCCCGCCACAGUCCCG